CAUUUCCAUGAUUUUGACAGAUGUCAGCAGCAGAGAAACAGCGAAGAUACCGGGCUCGGCGGGAUGCUGAUCCCUCAAGAAGGGCACAAUAUUUAGAAAAGCAGAGAGAGGCAUGGUACAGACUAAUAAGACUAGGAAAUGUGAAAGCAAUCGCAGAGUUGAGUGAGAGGGAGAAACAAAGCAAAAGAGACAAGUGGAGAAAAGCACAACAGAGAAGAAGACAAACAGAGCGAAUGCUAGAAAACAUAAUUACUCCAGCAGACAGCCCUGAAUUUGACCAGCCACCUAAAGAAUCAAGGAGUCGAAUGGCCUCUGUUGUUACAGUGAAGACAGAGAAGCGUCCUUCCCCUGACUCUGAGGAUGGCGACACAGUGGCUAAGAAGGCCAGGAAGUUGUUGCCCAGCCUGAAGACCAAACGUGCCCCUGAGCUGGUGCUGGUGAUUGGCACAGGGGUGAGUUCAGCUGUAGCUCCUCAGGUGCCCGCGCUGCGCUCCUGGAAAGGUCUGAUCCAGGCGCUGCUAGAUGCUGCCAAUGACUUUGAUCUGCUAGAGGAGGAAGAGAGCCGGCGCUUCCAGAAAAGUCUGCAAGAGGACAAGAACCUGGUGCACGUUGCUCAUGACCUUAUUCAGAAACUUUCACCGCGGACGGGAAAUGUGCGCUCCACCUUUUUUAAAGACUGCCUCUACGAGGUGUUUGAUGACCUGGAGUGUAAGAUGGAGAACGUUGGGAAGCAUCUCCUCCGCUCUGUGCUGCAGUUGAUGGAGAGCGGUGCUCUGGUCCUCACCACCAACUUUGACAACCUGUUAGAGAUCUACGCUGCCCACCAAGGGACCAAGCUGGAGUCUUUGGAUCUCACAGAUGAGAAGAAGGUUCUGGAGUGGGCUCAGGAGAAGAGAAGACUAAGUGUUCUCCAUAUUCACGGUGUUUACACCAACCCCAGUGGUAUUGUACUGCAUCCUGCUGGCUACCAGAAUGUUCUGAGGAACACAGAAGUCAUGAGGGAGAUCCAGAAACUCUACGAAACCAAGUCUUUUGUGUUCCUGGGCUGCGGGAGGACAGUGGACGACACCACCUUCCAGGCACUGUUUCUCGAGGCGGUCAAGCACAAGUCUGACCUCGAGCACUUCAUGCUGGUGCGGCGAGAGGACGUGGGCGAAUUCAAAAAGCUUCGAGAUAACAUGCUGGACAAAGGCAUUAAGGUCAUUUCGUACGGCAACGAAUACGCCGACCUGCCGGAGUACUUCGAGCGGCUGGCCAAUGAGAUUUGCAACCGGGAUGUGGACCGGGACGUAGUGACCAACGGUUGGGGAUCUCCCAUCUCACGAGGCGAAGAGAGUCAAAAUGGCUUUACCACCCAGAAAAACCUCCAGCAAGACUUCCACUCGUGACACAAGUGGCAGUCUGAGAACAUAUCCACAGCUCCGCCGCACAGGUCUGGUAUGACUAGAUCUUCACGCACAACAGACUCCUUUCUCAUACUUAAACCGAGCGGCGUCAGUAUCGGUUCGCUUCACACGGGAAAGGCGUCUGUAAAAACACCACCAGGCAAACUGUGAACUCCUGCAACUCAGAAAAUGUUUAUGAAAGUCUUCAUGUGAGUGAAGGAGAAAUUUGUGGAUUUUUAUUUUAUUUUAUUUUUUUUAUGUGGUAAUUAAAGUGUGGUCCAAGAAUGAUGUUCAGGGCCAGUCUGAUCUUAAACAUGAGCGGUCAAAUGAA